AUGUUGAAGACAAUGCUGUGUACAGUCUUCAUCUUCUCCCUCUGCUUCUUCUCCACCAUCACCUCUGCCCAUAUUCUCAAGGAUGGUGUGAAGCCGGAACCUCUCUCAGAUGAAAUGAUUUCCUACAUCAAUCAACAUCCUAAUGCUGGAUGGAAAGCAGAGAGAAAUUAUCGUUUCAACUCGAUAGACGAUGCUCGUGUCCAACUUGGUGCCAAAAAGGAGGAUCCUGAGAUGAGGCGCAAAAGACGUCCGACAGUGGAUCACAAAAAUGUCAACGUGGAAAUCCCAUCUAGUUUCGACUCACGAAAGAAAUGGCCUCAGUGCAAAUCGAUAUCCACUAUUCGUGACCAGUCACGGUGUGGAUCAUGUUGGGCGUUCGGUGCUGUCGAAGCAAUGAGUGAUCGCAUCUGCAUCCAGUCGAAGGGAAAGAUAUCUGUCGAACUGAGUGCUGUUGACCUGCUCAGUUGUUGUUCAGAAUGUGGCUUUGGCUGUCAAGGUGGAUUCCCCGGAACAGCAUGGGAUUACUGGGUGGAAGAGGGCAUUGUCAGUGGCAGCUCGAAAGAGAAUCACACAGGAUGUCAACCAUACCCAUUCCCCAAAUGUGAGCAUCACACGAAAGGGAAGUAUCCUCCGUGUGGCAAGAAGAUCUACAAGACGCCGAAAUGCCAACAAAAGUGUCAGAGCAGCUACAAAACAUCUUACGAGGGAGACAAACACUUCGGUGGAUCAUCCUACAACGUAAUCAACGAUGAAAAAGCCAUUCAAAAGGAAAUCAUGUUGAAUGGUCCAGUGGAAGCAGCUUUCACGGUUUAUUCGGAUUUUCUGAACUACAAAUCUGGAAUCUACAAACAUACAACUAUGGAUGUGUUGGGUGGACACGCUAUUCGCAUUCUCGGAUGGGGAGUAGAGAAAGGGACUCCUUAUUGGUUGAUUGCCAAUUCAUGGAAUGAAGAUUGGGGUGAGAAGGGAUACUUCAGAAUACUACGAGGGGAAGAUGAAUGUGGAAUUGAGUCUGAGGUGACAGGCGGAAUGGCGCAUAUCUAA